AAUUUUCGCUUCGAUUCAAAGCCAAGUUUUCUAAAUUUUGUAACUUUGCAAGAAGUUGUGUCUAUAGCCAACGAGAACGUUAAAAAAAUCAGAUUGAAAAUCAUGGCACUAAUUUUCAAUAUAUUAUUUCUUGUCAUAGUAGCGGAAAAUUUUGCUGGUACAUUUGCGACAGAUUACUGCAAAUUAAAAUCAUGUGAACACAAAGGCAUUCAUACCAUGUGCACCUACACCUCGCCAAAACCGGCGAAAACAUGCAAGGAAUGGCGUGAUCAAGGUUUUAGUGAUGCUGAAAGGAAAGCUAUAGUAGAUAAACACAAUCAACUGAGGCAGAAGGUUGCAUCGGGUAAGGAAAAGAGAGGAUCGAAUGGCCCGCAACCGGCGGCGGUUCGUAUGCCGGAUUUGACCUGGGACAAAGAACUAGAGACAAUUGCGCAAAGAUUGGCCAAUCAGUGCGAUUACGGUCAUGAUAAAUGUAGAGACGUAGAAAGCUUCCAAGUUGGCCAAAAUAUAGCCGAGAGAUCUAGUUCGAUUAAAGAUGCCACUAGUGUGGACGAGAUGAUACAAUCGUGGUAUGAUGAAGUGGCUCAUUUUGAUAGACGUGUCCUUUCGUCAUUUGCAGAUCCUGAUGGAAGCAUAGGACAUUAUACACAGAUCGUCUGGGCUGACACAACGAAAAUCGGAUGCGGACGAAUAAAAUACAAGCAACCACAUAGUAUGUUUGCACAUUAUUUAGUUUGCAACUACGGUCCAAGUGGAAACGCAAGAGGCACAAAAGUAUAUGAAAUAAAGAAAUAGAUUUCGUCAUCCUCGAUAAUUUUAUAUGUAUAAAAGAUGGUCGGGAAAAAGUAAGCAAAAAGAGUCCAUUCUUUUACAAGACUAUCUCUUUAUACGUGAACAUGACGCUUUUUCGAUUACACCUUGAAUUGGAGCAGCAAUAAAAAUAUCAACAACAAUAUCUUUAACAAAAACUUUAGCAAAACCUAUAAAUAAGAAUGUAUUAAAUUUUUGAGAAAAUUAUUUUCGUCUAAGAUUUUUGCGCACGUGGUGUAAUCUUUUUUUCACAUUUUCCCCUAAAAAGUUUCAUCCGCUCGGAUUGAUUUGCUCACACUUGAGCGGAAAUAAAUUUUAAAUAACUGCUUUAUGCAACCGUUUGUAUUUCGUAAGGUAACGUUUGAAGUGUAAUUGAAAAGAUUUGUGAGUCAUUCGUUUAUUUGUAAUUAACUAAUUUGUUUCCACCCGGCAUUUAGCCAGAAUAGAUAAAUUAAAUAAAGUUUUUAUAUAGAAUUAUGCAAACAAUAAUACACGAUAUGCAAAUAAUAAUACAUAUAUGUAUAUAAAUCUUACUAUGUAAAGUACAUUAAUAGAAAAUGUUACGCAGUGUUACGCAAUGCUAUGUGAUUGUGCCUGUGGUCUUACAUUUUUUAUUAAUGUUCAAAAUCGUAAAUACAAAUCUGUUGAUCAAUUGCAAACGAAAAUGUAUCGAUUAAAAGAAUAUAUGUGGACCCAAUUGAAUUAAAAUUGUAUUUGAUGAAAA